AUGCCAGCACCACUGCUGGUGCCCCACAGCGGGAAAGUCAUCGGGCUGGACGUGGCCAGCACCGGCGGCCAAGUGCCGAGUGAUUGUGCAACGGACGGGGAUGAAAAGUUACCCAACAAGAUUAAUUUCGGUAUAUGGCUGCUGGUAAAGUUACGUAAAAUCGGAGAAAAUAUCUUCAACUCGCGCAAGGUGGAGGACGGAGAGAAUCUCGAAAAUGAAGACUUGAAGUCCAUUAUAUCACAAUCAACAGUGUCGGAAGUGUGCCUGAUUGCGGAAAGUCCGUUCAAAAUUCUCAAGAUGGCCGAGUUCGGCAACAUGGACGAGUUCAAACGCCUGUACGAGGCCGAUAACGAGCGGCUGGCGUUGCAGGAUCACCGCGGUCGCACCGUCAUGCACCAGGCCGCGCUGAAAAAUCGUAUCAACAUUCUGGAGUUUAUUCAAGCGCACGGUGGAGACUUCCACCUGCAGGACCUCGCCGGCAACACGCCGCUACACGUGGCCGUGGAAAGCGAAGCGCUGGAUGCGGUGGAAUUUUUACUGAACAUUCCCGUUGCCACAAACAUUUUGAACGAAAAGAAGCAAGCUCCAGUGCAUUUGGCUACCGAGCUGAACAAGGUUAAAAGUUUGCAGCUUAUGGGAAAAUUUCGAGAUCUGUUCGAUAUUCAGCAGGGUGGUGAGUACGGUCGAACUGCUUUACAUAUAGCGGCAAUUUUUGAUCACGAAGAAUGUGCAAGGGUUUUGACUUCAGAAUUUGGAGCUUCUCCACAGAAGCCAUGCAACAACGGAUACUAUCCAAUACACGAGGCUGCGAAAAAUGCCAGCUCCAAAACGAUGGAAGUAUUCUUCCAGUGGGGUGAAUCCAACGGUUGUACUCGCGAGGAAAUGAUUUCCAUGCAUGAUUCCGAAGGAAAUGUGCCUCUGCACUCGGCUGUCCACGGGGGUGAUAUCCAAGCGGUUGAGCUGUGUCUGAAGUCGGGGGCGAAAAUCUCCACCCCGCAGCAUGAUCUGUCCACGCCGGUGCAUCUGGCCGCUGCGCAGGGUUCUAUUGAUAUCGUGAAGCUCAUGUUCGAAAUGCAACCAUCUGAAAAGAAGCACAGCCUUCAUCGAACUGACAUCCAAAAGAUGACACCUCUGCACUGUGCCGCAAUUUUCGAUCGUCCUGAUUUGGUCGAGUACCUAAUCCAGGAGGGAGCGGAACUAAAUGCUCUGGACCAGGAAAACCGCUCCCCGCUGUUGCUAGCCGCUUCCCGGGGAGGUUGGCGCACCGUCAUGGUCUUGAUCCGGCUGGGAGCCAACAUAAGUUUGAAGGAUGCUAAUUGUAGAAAUGUUAUCCACUUGGUCAUUACGAACGGAGGUCAUCUGGAUGAAUUCGCCCAAGAAGUGUCCGGUACACCGUCGGAGUUUUACUUUCUACAACUUUUGAACGCCAAAGAUAACACGGGAUGUUCUCCGCUGCACUAUGCCAGCCGAGAUGGACACAUUCAAUCGUUGCAAAAUUUGAUCAGACUUGGCGCUUCUAUCAACGUGAAGAAUAAGUACAACGAGAGUCCUCUGCACUUUGCCGCUCGCUAUGGACACAUCAAUUCACUUCGGCAGCUGCUUGACUCUGAAAAGGGAAUUUUCAUCAUCAACGAGGGAGACGGUGAAGGAUUAACUCCACUACAUAUUGCGUCCAAGGAGGGACAUACGAAGAUUGUUCAAUUUUUGCUUAAUCGAGGUGCCUUGCUUCACAGAGACCAUAAGGGUCGCAACCCACUUCACUUGGCUGCAAUGUCCGGUUACACGCAAACCAUAGAGUUACUACAUUCUGUUCAUUCUCAUCUGCUGGAUCAAGUUGAUAAAGAUGGAAACACGGCACUUCAUCUCGCGACCAUGGAGAACAAGCAGAGUGCCGUACUACUGCUGCUCAAUCUGGGCUGUAAACUGCAGCACAACUAUUCGGACAUGAGUGCGAUAGAUUAUGCGAUUUACUUUAAAUAUUCGGGGGUAGCCCUCGCGAUGGUCACCCACGAGAAGAGGGCCACGGAAAUAAUGGCCCUCAAGUCGGAUAAGAAUCCGAGCGUUACGCUUGCGUUGAUUGCCACCAUGCCGCAGGUCUUCGAGGCCGUUCAGAAUAAUUGCAUUACGCGGGCGGAGUGCAAGAAGGAUUCGAUGAACUUUUAUAUAAAAUAUUCUUUUCAUGCAUAUCAAAACUCACAGGAAGAGGUGGAAGAAAUUAGAAAGACGGAAAAUAACCCAAAGUGGCGCCCACCUCCAUUAUAUGUGGCAAAUGCAAUGGUCACGCACGGUCGCGUCGAACUGCUGGCCCACCCCCUGAGCCAAAAGUACCUGCAGAUGAAGUGGAACUCGUAUGGAAAGUAUUUCCACGUGGCCCAUCUUUUGAUCUACAGCAUUUUCCUGCUUUUCGUAACCGUCUUUGCGUCCCAGUUGAUGCACAAUGAUGCCAUGGAGGCGCAUCCUACCGUCAAUGAAUCUUCACCCGACCGCGAACCGACAGCAGCCGGGCACGACUUACUGGCAGGACGUUACGGUAACGGUUACAAUAUUGGCCAGAAUGCUACCCACCUGCUGGUGACCAUCGAGGGUCAAAUGGUCAUUACGACCACAACCCUUGCGUCGGGAUUGGGGGUCAUUGCCUACAUCGUCUGUAACGCUCUGCGCGAGCUUGUCCAGGUGUACCAGCAAAAAUGGAACUACCUAAUCGAGCCCAUCAACCUGAUUUCGUGGGUGCUGUACUUCUCGGCCAUCGCCAUGGUGUGGCCAAUAUUUGUCGAGGGCCGCUGCGUUAGCGAAAACUUUUCAUCCGCUUCGGUGACGGUUUUUCUGUCGUGGUUCAACUUGCUCCUGUUUUUGCAAAGAUUCGACCAGGUUGGUCUUUACGUUGUGAUGUUCCUGGAAAUACUUCAGACGCUCGUGAAGGUGCUGGCAGUCUUUUCGAUUCUGAUUAUUGCGUUUGGUCUUGCUUUUUAUAUUCUACUGUCGAAGAUUCAGGACCACCAAGCGAACCACCAAUCGUUUUCGUCGAUCCCGAUGUCUCUGAUGCGUACCUUCUCUAUGAUGCUGGGCGAGAUGGACUUCCUAGGCACAUACGUCCAACCCUACUACAACUCUAACCUUCCCUUUCCCAUACCGGCUUUCAUUGCGCUGUGCCUCUUCAUGGUGCUGAUGCCGAUUCUGCUGAUGAACCUGCUCAUCGGUUUGGCCGUCGGAGACAUCGAAUCGGUGCGUCGGAACGCCCAGCUGAAGCGGCUGGCCAUGCAAGUUCAGCUGCACACCGAGCUGGAGCUGAAACUGCCCCGAAUCGUGCUGGACAAGGUGGACCGGAUGGAGGUCGUUGAGUACCCCAACGAGCACAAGGCAAAGCUGGGCUUUCUGGACGUGGUGCUGAAGAAGUGGUUCGGGAAUCCGUUUGCGGAGGGUGAAGCUGAUUCGAUGCUGGACAACAACGAUGAUUUUAUCAUGAUGGAGUUGGGUAAACAAAAACGUAAGCUUCGUGAAAUCGGAAACGCUUUAGACAACCAAAGUCAGAUGUUGAGGCUCAUAGUGCAGAAAAUGGACAUCAAAACCGAGGCAGACGAUGUCGAUGAAGGAAUUGCCCUAGGAGGGGAUGGAAAAGCUUCGUCGAGUUCACCGAAACUUCGAAAAAAGAUUCGCGCCGCAAUGGUUGUCACCAAAUCUAUUCGCAAAUAA